AUGGGUGGUUGUGCUGCACCAAAUUGUUCGAAUCAGUCUAAAAAUAAAAAUAACUUUAGGAUGUUUCGUUUCCCUAGAAAUGAAAAAAGAAGACGAAGAAAAUGGAUAGUUAAUUCUCGUCGAGAUCAAUGGAUCCCGGGCCCAGGAGCGUAUCUUUGUGAGGGUGGCUUGCUGCACAGUUUACCUUUAUCAACUGAAGCGAUUUCUGUUGCUGAACCAUCUGUUAUUCAUUUGCCACAACCUUCAGCUUCAUAUUUUGGAGAAAUAAAUUUUGCUGCCGAAGUAUUUGAUGUUUGUUUGCAAGAACAAGCUUCAACUUCAUCUUGUGAUAAAAUGCCAUCUAUUUGUGAAGGAUCUCAUGUUUGUUUGCAAGAACAGCCUUUAGCCUCAUUUUGCAAUGAAAUACCAUCUAUUUGUGAAGGCUCUGAUGUAAGUUGAUAAUUAAUGUAUUAUUAAAUUGCUUCCUUAUAUACAUUUAAAAUGUUCUAUAAAGUAAUUUUUUGGUAAAAGGAAUGUAAUUAAUUUCAUCAAUAGUUGC